AGGAUGACCGGUGGCGUAUGAGUGACAUAGAAAAGUUCCAUGCAGAUUCUGCGAAAAAUAUUGGCAAAGUUCAUAAAAGCAAAGGCCAUAUAUACCAUUAGCCAACUCUCAGCCGCUCUCCCCGCACUCGUACUUUUCAAAAGCGUUGACUGAUUAAAAUUGAUGAAAAUUUCCGACUGUGCUGGAGUCGCACUGCUAUUGCCUCGAGCAUCUGCAAGUGUCAUUACAAUUAAAAGCGCUUAAUUGCGCUACAAUGAGGAGGAAAACAACUACAAUAAAAACAACAGCGGCAAUUGUUGGAAAAUAAACCACAACAACAACAAGAAGAGAAUAAGAAAAUAAAAUAACAGCAAAUGCAAUUGGAAAUUAGGAAUAAAGUGUAGAGCAGAGCAAAAAGCAAACAAAUAGUGCCGGAAAAGUAGUGCGCCAGAAAGUGAAGGGAGAGAAGUAAAAGAAGAAGGCGAGUAGUGGGCGUGUAAAAGCAUCAGCUAAAUUGGACAGUUGAACGGUAAAGCAAAAACGGCGCAGCAGACGUGUAGACGCCGCCAUGUUGCUGCCCACAUCGUGCGGACCGGGGCCACCGCUUCCGCCGCCACCUCCACCGCCGCCGCCGCCGCCCCCAGCAUCAUCAGCAAUGCUGGACGCCCAUGCCAGCAAGCGCCAUGAGUCACAAAAACGGGUGGAGAAACGUGAAAAUUGUGAAAAUGAUGAAAAUGUGACACAAAAACAGCAAAAGUCAAUAGUAGGUGGGGGCGAAAUAGAAAUGAAGCGAAUGAAACUAAAAACUGCAGCAGCAAGAGUAGAAACAGAGCAAGAGCCAUUGGCCGGCAAUGUUUUGGUUGAGAAAAUAGCAUUCAAGUCAGUGGGUAUAGGCGAGCGCAACGUUGCUGUUGCUGAUGCUGAUGCUGAUGCUGAUUUUAGCAUAACAGCAACAACAGGAAAUGCUCCAGCAGCAUCAUCAACAACAAUCGGCAAUUGUGUUGCAUUUAUUGAGAAAAGCGUUGUUGACAAAAGCAAAAACAGUUGGUCAAUUUUAAAAUUACCAAUGAUGCUCACAGCAGCACUGACAACAGCAACAAAAACUCUAACAAUGCCAGUGGCGAAAGAAGCAACAAGAAAAAUUGACUUGAAAACAAAAACAGCUACUGACAAAAUAAUAGUAACAGCAGACAAGAAGCGGGCAACAGUUGGCAUUACAACAACUGCAACAAAAACAUCGGCUACAAGCUCCGACAUUCAUUUAAAUUCGGCCAGUUUAAAAGGUGCUGCAAAAUUAACAACGCCAGCAGCAGCAACAACAACACCAACUACUAAAUGGCUGCUAAUGUGGCUAAUGGUUUUUACUGUAAUGGCCCAAGCGCCUCUACAUCAAGCGGCUGCCGAGAAGAGCAAACACUAUUACAUGCAAGCUCUGUGCAAGAAUCACUUCCUACAGCAGCUUUAUCGUAAAAUCGAUGGCGCUGUACUUUGGUCGCAAAAUGAACGCAAUCUGGACUGCAUCAUCACAUUUCAAACGCAUUCGAUAUUGCAACGUUUCAUGUUGCGCUUCGAUAUGUUGCAACUGGACUGCAAUGAUCAUCUGUACGUGUAUGAUGGAGCGCAUGCGGUGGCCACACCGAAGGUUGAUAUUUCCUGCCGCAAUACUAAACAAACAGUUAGCUCCAUAUUGACACGCACAAACUUUGUCACACUGAAAUAUGUAACCGAUAAUUGGGGUACAGAUGCGAAUGGUUUCAAGCUGGUUAUAACAUCGGUCAAGGAUCCAAAGCACACCUGCAAUGAUUUCACUUGUGCAGCGCGUGAAUUUUGCAUAAGUCCGGAUUUACUCUGCGAUGGCAUUAAUCAUUGCGGUGACAAUUCUGAUGAAUCGGUGUGCCAAAGCGAAACAGCUGCCACAGUUUUCGGGGUAGAUAUGACUUGGUUUGUGUUGAUCGUGGUCGGUAUCGUACUGGUUUUGAGCGCCGUAAUCGUAGGUAUUUCGAUAUGCGUUUGCCGACGACAGGAUGAAGCGAACCUCAACCAAAAUACAGCAAUACAAAUGCAUCAUACCGCCGAAACAAAUGGCUCAUCGAAGCAUCUGCACUAUCAUCAUGGCGGCACAUUGUCGCGUGAACACACACAACUGCCACCGACGUCGGGAAACUGGCAUCACCCUGCGGGACCAUACGGGUACCACAGCAUUCUACGCAACUUAUCGAAGAUGGCCACCAAAGUCCGUCCCAUUUGGUGCUUAGCAAAUUCCGUCAAUUAGGUCAAGAUCUUUCACAUACAAAUCCGGCCGCCGCCGCUGCUGUCGCAACAGCGGGCCUCCAUCAAACGAACAUAUCUGUGGGUAAUCAAAAUACAGCGGCCGCAGCAGCAGCCGCCGCAGCUGUCAGUGCUGCACAGAAGGAUGAAUGGUUCGUUUAGGUGGAGGUUGAGGAGGAGGAGAAUGAAUAUAGAGGAGCAACACAUUAAGCAGUGAAUGAUCAAUUAGACUUCAGGAGAACUGUUGUUUUUUUCUUUUUACAUAAUUUUUAAAUUAAAAAAAAAAAGGAUUUUGCAUGGCAUUAAAUGAAGACUGUAUAAAAGUUAUCAACAUCAAAUUUAGUGGGCAUCUACGCGCAGGGUGAUCAUUUAAGAGAUUUAUAGUACCCAAAUCUCUUAGCGUUGAGCAUAGAAAAUUUCAGCAUGCACUUGUCAAAAGUAUGUAUGUAUGAAAUUUUAGUGUCGGAUAAUCAACGCAACUUGUAAAUAAAAUAUAAAUACAUAUAAACAAUUAAAUAAAUGUUAUUGUAAUUGAUUAAAAUUGAAGUAAUCUUUUUUUUUUUAGUAACACAUUGAUGGUCUAAAAAUGUGUAACAGUGAAUAUAUUAGGAAAAAUGUGUAAUAAAAAUUUACUAAAAGAAAGGUAGUUAAUAGAGAAUUUUAAUUUUAAGCCUAAAAGUAUGAAAUGAAAACUGGAUGAAGUCAAAGCCGUAAAUUUAAAGCUAAGCAAUUAGUUUUAGCCUAAGAUAUAUGCUCCUUUUUUACAAUAAAAAUAAAUUGAAAAGCGAAUAUAAUAAAAAUUAUAAAAAAUAAUUAGUUUAAGAAAUAGAACUUGAUUUCUUGCAAA